ACAACCCAAUAGUUCUUUUCGCCAACAGAACUCAGUGGCACAAUGGAUUCACUCCGGCCACCAUCAUCACCGUGGAAGCUCCCCCCAGUUAUAUCACCACCACAACCACCCUAUCGAAACUGGGUGGAGCUUCCACGGGAUAUAACUGCAUUGAUCCUGCGCAGUUUAGGUGACGUCGAGAUCUUGAACACCGCGAGACUUGUCUGCUCCACUUGGCGUAGCAUAUGCAACGACCCAUCCAUGUGGAGAUCGAUUGACAUGUAUAAUUUUGAUGAUAGACUUUGGGAUUCGGAAUACGAUAAAAUGUGUAGAUACGCAGUUGAUGAGAGUUGCGGUGGCUUAAUAUACAUCAAUAUUGAGCAUUUUGGUACUGAUGAUCUCCUCAUCUACAUCGCUGAUGGAUCAAAUCAUCUAAAACGACUUAGUUUUGCAUUUUGCUAUGACAUUUCGGAUGAGGGAUUAAGUGAAGUAGUCGCAAAAUUUCCAUUACUGGAAGAGCUUGCUAUUUCGGGCUGCCCAUCAAUAUCAUACAAAGCUCUUGAAGUUAUUGCACAUUGCUGUCCUUUACUCAGAUCAUUGAAGUUGAACAACAAGAAGUGGAAACACCCAUAUAAAUGCAAUCAGGAGGCAUUAGCCAUUGCAGAAAACAUGCCUGAUUUACGCCGCCUUCAGAUUCUUGGAAAUAUGCUGACAGAUGAAGGCUUGCAGGCCAUUCUUGAUGGUUGUCCACAACUUGAAUCUCUUGAUCUGAGACACUGUUUCAAUAUCAGUCUGGAUGGGAAUUUAGGGAAAAGAUGUGCUGAACAGAUCAAAGAUUUGCGGGGUCCUUAUGAUCCCACCACCGAUGACUACCCUUUUAGUGAAUCUCCAAAGGAAGACUAUGCAUCUAGAUGUUCCUAUUUUUCAUGGGAUGUUCAUUAUGAUGAUGAUGAUGAUGAUUAUGACUACUACUAUGAUGAUGGUGGUGGUGGUGAUGAUGAUGAUGAUUAUGAUUAUUUAUGACUAUAUUUAUGAUUAGAGUAAGUCUAUGUUUUCUUUGAGAAUUGUCUUUUGUCUAUUCUCAUUGUCUGAUUUUGUUUUUCUGUUUUAGACAUCUCUAAUGAUAAAUGAAUGUUUUAUGUUUAUAUUAUGCUAAUGCUAUUUCUUUUGUCUAAA